AUGAGAACUAAAAGUCAUAAUAAGACCAAAUCUUUACACACUGUUUUAGAAGUUUCAAAUACUAAAACAUUUUUUAUAAGUCGAAUCACAUAAAGAUCAAAUAUUAAAAGUAUCAUUCCUCCAUUAACACUACCUUAAAUGACUUAGAUUUAGAUUCCACCUACUUUAACUGGAAGAGUUGUAGCAAGAAAAGUGAUUAAGGCUACUUAAUUAAAAACUUAAGAGAGUGUUCCUGAGAAUGAGAUUAAAUAAUAACAAUCAAUAUUCAAAUUAGUAGCAUCUGCUGAAUUUAAAAAUAUCAUUACCGAAGAGAAAUCAAAGAAAGAAGAUGAUAAAAAUUUUACUUUAGAUGGUCCUUUACAAUUUAAAAAAGAAUGGAGAAGAAAAAUCUUUAUAAGGAAUCAUAAUUUAUAAGACUCUUAUUGUUAAAUAAAUGAUAAUCUGAAUAUCUAAAUGUUUCUAAAAAAGAUUAGAUAAAUUAUUACUACCAGUCAUAUAUAACAUGAUGAUAUUCAUACAAAUGAGAAUAGUUUUUUGUCAGAUAAGUUCAAAACAUAAAUGACAAGUCCUAGAUUUACAUUUACUAAUCAUCUUUCUACGAUUUAGUUUUAAAACUAGGCAACUUAGUUGUAGAAGGCAGGAACAAUUGUAUCUCAAGUUUUAGAGGCUAUUGAAGAGAAAAAAGCUGAAAUUCUUCAACCAUUACCAUAAAAUAAUCGUAGAAAAUUAACUAUAUCUGUAUGUAGUCCAGAAAACUAAAUUGGAAUAUACUCUUUUAGUAUACCAGAUUAUGGAUAACGAUUAUAAGAAUAAGAUGAAAUUUAAGAAUAUACAGACAAACCUAAACAUGUCUUGAAGUAAGCUUUGUAAUUUGUAAGUAAUUACAAUUUUAUUGUAGAUCUCUUCAUAACCUAAGAAAAUGACAACAAAGUUUUCUAAAUCUAUUUUGAAGAUUGUUGGAGUAACAGAAGAAGAGAAUUAAUAAGAAGAUGUUCAUCAAUAUUAUAAUAUAUAAAAAGUAAUUAUUUUAUGAAGUAAGACUAGAAGGUUCAUGAAAAUGUAUUUACAAAAUAAAAUGUCUCGUACAUUCACUAAAUUAGAGGAGAAUAUCCUAUUACAUUUAUAAUUAAUAUAAGAGAAAAGAGGUUCAAUUUCUUUUUCAAAACCAAAUGAAAGUCAAUAAUCUAGCAGAGUCUAUUCUUGGUGUACUAAUCCUGCUAAUAGUAAUCAUGAAUCACUUUCAAAUCCAACAUUCUAAAUAGAAAUUGAAUCUAAUCGUUUCCUAUUAUCUUAAAUCUAUUAAUAUGAUUAUUCAUUUGAUAAUUCAGAAUAUGAUAAUCAAAGUUUUAGUAGCAGUGAUAAUCAAUUUUAAGAUAUGUUGUAAUGUUAAUCUUAAAUUAAAAUUGUUAAUCUAAGAAAUCAUAUUUAAUUUAUUAUAAAUAGUUUAGAUUGUGUAGAUAGAAAUAUGAUGUUACAUGAUCCUAAUUUCCUAAAUGAUACAUAAUUUUUUAAUGAUAGAAUUAAUCCUAUUCUAAAUGAUGAUCAAUUAAUAAGAAAUAUUAAUUCUUUAAUGAGAUUUCUUAAAAGAAAAGAUUAAAUUAAAGUUUCAAAAUUUAGAUUUCUUCAAUAUAAUAGUAUUUUAACAGGAGAAUUUGAAGAUCAACAUGAAAUCAAUAAUUUAACAACUGAUUAUGGUUUAAUUGAAGUAGAAUCUGAAGAUCAAUAAUAAAAAAGACAAUCUACUAUUAAAAUUGAUAUAGCUAAAAUGUUUAUCAAAGCUGCUAAACCAAUUUAGAAAAAGAAAUCCAAUCAAGAUUAAUCUCCAUCUAGUGAAAGAUCAAAUUAAAAGAAUAAUUCUAAAAUUAUAUCAUCUCCUCGUCAUCAAACUAUAAAUUAAUAGAAUAAACCUGUUAAACUAUUAUUAGAAGCUACUUCAAGUCAAACAAGUGUUUUAAGAAGAAGAAGUGAUUCUCCAUAAGAAGAUAAUAGUAUUAAAGAAAAUAGUAAUAAUACUAGUUAAUCUAAUAAAAUGAAAGCUACUACUACUUAAACUAUUUAAAAUACUACAGCUCCUAUCUCAUAAAAAGAAGAUUUAAUUAAACAAAAUCCUACUAAAAGUCAAGAAAGAAGAAAUGCUGUUAUGAUAUCUUCAAUGACUAAACACUCUUUAUAAAUGAGAACAUAAAUUACUGAAGCUCGUAGAAGAUAAUCUAUUCCUAUUAUAGAUAUUGCUAAAUUAUUAAUAGAAGAAUAAAAAUUAUCUGAAGUAUAUAUUUUAAAUAUUAUUUAAUAGUUAGAAGAACUCUUUGUAAAUAAUCCUAAUCUAUCUAUCAAUUAAAGAUUAAAAGAUGGAAAUACUUAUUUGAUUAUUGCAGCCUAAACUGGAAAUGUAGAAAUAGUUGAAUUACUUUUAAACAAGGGAUCCUUUGUAAAUGUGUAAAAUGUAUUUUUUUAUCUAUUAUCCUUUAAGAAUGAUGGUGAUACUGCUUUGCAUAAAGCAAUUGCAUAUAAUUACUUUAAUAUUGCUGAUAUCUUGAUUUCUUAGGGGGCUUUAAACUUGAGAAAUAAAGAAGGUUUUACUCCUUGGCAAUUUGUAUAAUGA